AUGGCACACUCCAAACGCAACACCUCCCUGCCCCACUUCACAUCCUACGAACGCUCCCUCUUACGCUCCAACUGGGGCACUCAAAGCACCCGCCUCUCGCGCGAAUCCUUCUUGCCUUUUGGAUCAUGUCAACUAUGCCUGCAACCGGCGCGCGCACCGGUAGUCGCCUGCGCCACUAACGGGGAUUUGUUUUGUCGUGAAUGCGCGAUUAACGAUCUUCUAGCGCAAAGGAAGGAAAUUCAACGCCUAGAGAAAGAGAGGGAGGAAUCUGUGCGCAGAAGUGCGGAGGAUGAGGCAAGGAUGAUGCAGGAAGCGCGCGAGAGGGAAUUGAAGGAGUUUGAGCUGGUUAGUAUGGGGCUCGAGGGGAGUAAAUCAGAAAACAACAAGAAAAGAAAAGCGCCGACUAUGGAGAAGGAGUCCGAGAAGGGAAAUGGGAAAGAGGAAUUGACGACGGAGGCGAGGAUUGAUGCGGCGACGGAAGCAUUUCGGCAGAAAGAAAUUGAGGUUAAUGGUAAGAGGAGGAAGGUGUUUGAGUUGAGUGAGGCGGAGAUCGCGCGCUAUGCGAAUUCCGAGCUGGAGAGGUUGAAGAGGAAGAUUGAGAUGGAGAAGGCAGAAGCGAAAUCGGCACUACCAUCAUUCUGGAUCCCGUCCGAAACGCCGGGGACAGAGAACGAAGCAGCCUCGAGAAAGAAUCUAAAGUUGUCGCCUAUAUGUCCCGCAUCAACGAAAGAGACAAGACAUGAAUACUCGCUCAAGACACUAGUCGAUGUUCAUUUCACAGAGGAGAAGACUGAUUCUGGAACGAUAUCACGGAUAUGUCCGAGUUGUAAGAAGGGUUUGACGAAUGGGUUGAAGGCUAUGCUUACGAAACCCUGCGGACAUGUAAUCUGUCAACCCUGCGUGACCAAAUUCAUGACUCCAGAGACCACCAUCGAUCCGCAUCGAACAAUACCAGCAGAAGGGGAAUCAGAAUUAGGACGAAUGCUAUGCUACGUUUGCGAAACGGAUAUUACGCCCGCAAAGUCGUCAAAAACUAAACGCAAAGAGGAGAAGAAUAAUAAAAUCAGACCGGGUUUGGUGGAGAUCAAGUCCGAGGGAACCGGAUUCGCGAAGGGGGGGAGUAACAUGGCUAAGAAGCAGGGUGUUGCUUUCCAAUGUUGA